UUAAUAGUUAGCUAGAUUGAUAUACGCGUUUUAGAUAAACCUUAACCGAGUAAGGAAGAGAACACAAAAAAGGAUACAUCUUUUGUUGCUUAGUUAUAUAAUAGUUUCUUGUCACUUAUCUUUUCUUUAUCUGUUACUCUAAAUGGCUUCAUCAGUUCCUCCUGAAGUUAGCAAAAAAUCCAAAAAUAGAAAAACUAGUUUCAAAAGUGUGAAAGCAUUAUCAGAAUCACCAGAUUUCAACUCUAUUCCAUCCUCAUACAAAUUCACCACCAGCCCACAUGACAGAAAAGAAAUAGUAGCAGAACCAGAUGACAAUGAUCCAAUUCCAGUUAUUGAUUAUUCCCUCCUGGCCACCGGUACACCUGAUCAACGAACCAAAACUAUUCAUAACAUAGGCAAGGCUUGUGAAGAGUGGGGGUUCUUCAUGCUAAUUAAUCACUUUGUUUCGAAGAGCCUCGUGGAGAAAAUGGUUGAUCAAGUUUUUGCUUUCUUUAAUCUUAGAGAGGAAGAGAAACAAGAGUAUGCAGGUAAGAAGGAUGUACUCGAUCCAAUAAGGUAUGGAACCAGCUUCAAUGCUUCAGAGGAUAGAGUCUUGUUCUGGAGAGAUUUCGUUAAAAUCAUCGUUCACCCCGAAUUUCACUCACCGGUCAAGCCUUCCGGAUUCAGGGAAACAUCUGAAGAAUAUAGUAGAAGAAUAUGGAAAUUAGGAAAGGAACUACUGAAAGGAAUAUCAGAAAGCUUAGGAUUGGAACUCAACUAUAUAAACAGAAAAAUGAAUCUAGAUUCUGGUUUACAAAUGUUGGCAGCAAACUUUUAUCCUCCUUGUCCUCAACCGGAACUUGCAAUGGGAAUGCCCCCGCAUUCUGAUCACGGCCUCUUGAACCUACUUAUACAGAACGGAGUUAGUGGCCUUCAAGUUCUUCACAAAGGCAAGUGGAUCAAUGUCAGCUCCACUUCAAAUUGUUUCUUGGUCCUUGUGUCUGAUCAUCUUGAGAUUAUGAGCAAUGGCAAGUACAAAAGUGUAGUACAUAGAGCAGCUGUGAGCAAAGGAGCUACUAGAAUGUCGCUGGCAACGGUUAUUGCACCAUCGUUGGAGACUGUGGUUGAACCAGCUUCAGAGCUACUAGACAAUGCGAGAAAUCCAGCAGCAUAUGUUGGGAUGAAACACAUAGAUUACAUGGAACUUCAACGAAGCAACCAGCUUUAUGGGAAGUCUGUGCUUAACAAAGUGAAAAUCUGAUUCUGAAUCAUCUCAAGUGUUGCUAUAAGUAGUAGGCCAAACAAUAGAUAACAUGUAUAAAUAAGUUUCACACUAUGAUUUUCUUCAUAUGCUUUGCACGGUUCUAAACUAGUAUGUUUACAUCAUAGUUGUUUACUGUCAAGGUUUGAAUCCUUAGAUGGCUUAAGGAUAAAAGUAUUUUCGUUUCUUUCAUUUGAGAAUCAAGAUGAUAUCAUGAUCUUUUGCUGCAGAGGUACAAAUGUUAGCAGCAAAUCUUUAUUUGAGAAUAAAGAUGAUAUCGUUUCUUUCA